AUGAGCUAAACGUGCCGGUAAUCAAAACGAAGAAGAAGAAGUUGAGCAACGGCAGCGUCGGCCUAUUUCACUUUAGCUAAGGCCCGGUUUAAAAUGUGGUAACCUUUGUAUUGUCGCAUCGAUCCAGAGGCUCUAGCCAUGGAGGAAGACAAUUCAUCUGUGACAGAUCACUCCUCGGACGAAAGUGCCAAAGCCUUCGACAUUGAGUACAUCGUCGAAUCUGAUCCCGACGAUGACUCUGAGCCAGAGGAUGACAAAAAUCCCAAGAAAAAGCCACGCACGGGCCACCCUUGCACCGUUUGCAACAAAAUAUUUGACAGGCUUUCCAAGCUAACCAGGCACGCGACUGUACACACAAGGCCAAGGACCUUAAAGACUCGCUAUCAGUGCAUGCAUUGCGAGAAGACUUUCACAGAAGAGGAGAAGAUGUUACGACACCAAGAUAAUCACAACCGGACAAAGGAGCACCCGUGCCCCGAUUGCGGGAAAGUGUUCAGUAAGCCUUCCAGGUUAGAGCGGCAUCGACGCAUCCACGCCAGGAAACCGAAGGUUCCCCACCAGUGCUCCUUCUGCGCCAAAACGUUCGAUAAACUUUACAGGCUCAUUCGCCAUGAGCGAAUGCACACCGGCGAGAGACCUUUCACCUGCUCCUUCUGCGGCAAGGGAUUCGCCGAGAUGGGUCACUGCAAAGCUCACGAGAAGAUACACCAGGAUAAUCCGGAGAAGCCUCACCACUGCCCCGACUGCGACAUGUCCUUCUUCAAGGCCUCGGAACUCGGUCGGCACCAGCGCUCGCACACCGGGGAGAAACCGUUUCAGUGCAGCGAAUGCGACAGCACCUUCGCCCGAUCCGAGAGUCUGAAGAGACACAUGAGGAGCCACACGGGGGAGCGGCCGUACGUCUGCUUGACUUGCGGCAAAGGAUUUUACUCCCGUCAGGAUUUAAACAUUCACUUGCUGAUUCACUCGGGGGAGAAGCCCCACGUUUGUCCCAUUUGCGGCAAAGGCUUUUCGCAGCUGGGCAACAUGAAAGAGCACGAGAAGAACGUCCACGUCAGGUCGGAGAAGUAUGACUGCAACGAAUGCGGGGCCACUUUCACCCGCUACAAGUCGCUGAACCUGCACCAGCGGGUGCACACUGGAGAGAGGCCGUACCUGUGCCUGCCGUGCGGACGUAGCUUUUCCUGGAGCCACUGCCUGAGCAGACACCGCAGGACUCACGCUCACAAGCAGAUGUUGAGAGAUGCGGCUAAAGGCCUCCAAGAUUUUCCAGACCUUGCUCAGGAUCAGUGCAGUUGAACACUUGGCUGCUACUUAGCCUCGCUAUACUGCUGCCAUACACGCACUAAUUUUUUUGCUGGCUUCACUCACGAUACGAGGUUCGAGGGCGGUGACUGUUCAACUGCCAUAUUAUGUCAAGAUGUCAGCAGAAUUUAGUCGCAUCUUGUUUUGCAAACACACACACGGAACUUAGGGACCUUCUUUCAGUGAUGUACGAACUUGUGUUUGGAACUGAGCGCUGAGUUCCUUUGUGAAAUCACGCAGUAAAAACAAUCAUCAGUUG